AUGGCGCGUCUACUUUUCGUCGCAACGUUCGCCGUGCUGCUGGCCGUGGCGUCCGCAGGACAAACCGUGGUGACCGGACCCAACAACCCGGCGGUGAACCUGGACAAGGCCAAGGGCGGGAAUGGCGUGGCAACCGAGGUCCCUCCUGGUAUCGAGAAGGCGGCGGCCGCCGGCGGGCUGGACAAGUUCGAGGGGACGACGAUCGUGAGCCCGAGCACAGACAGUAUUCUGAUGGUGGACGUGAAGGUUGCGGGAUGGAACAAAAUGAAGUGCCACAAGGACCUGGGCAAGCCCGGGGAGGGCGCGUGCACGCCGGCCAACUGCAGCAAGGGCGGCAUCGCCGCCAAGUGGAAGACGUCGAACCUGCUGAAGAACAAGCUGGGCGUGGAGGUGUACGUGAAGGGCAACCCGCUGACGCUGAAGAAGGCGUCCCCGCAGACGUGCUGCAACACGUGCGCGGGGUACAGCAGCUGCACGUACUGGCAGUACAUCCCCGACAUCACGAUCGACGGCAAGAAGACGGAGGGCGCGUGCUACCUGGUGCACGACAGCAUCGACUACUCGUGCGGCGACAUGACGGCGCAGUACGCGACGGACUCGAAGCCGGUUCAUCUGCAGGUGCGCACGGGCGGCGAGUGCAACCCCGCGGCAAACGUGGUGAACGACCCGCAUCUGGUGGGUGCGUAUGGCACGCACUUCGACUUCAACGGGCGCCCCGACAAGGCUUUCUGCCUGCUGACGGACAAGGACCUGCACGUGAACAUGCUGCUGCGCGGGUUCUACUCGGACGACACGGAGAACGCGGCGCUCGUGGUGGACGGCAAGGCCGUGCACACGUGGAUCAAGGAGCUAGGCAUUGUGUGGUUCGCCAACGGUGCCGACCACAAGGUGCGGCUGGCGGCCCGCUCCGGCAAGCAGCAGGAGCGCGGCGACGGCUUCAUGAAGACGAUCGAGAUUGACGGCGAGGAGAUCCCGAGGAUGCACGUGGGCGACGAGGUGACGACCGAGGGCGGGCUGACUCUGCGAUUCGCGGCGCCGGAGAAGGAGGGCCCGUAUGACGUGGACUACUACACGCUCGCGAUCGACGGGCUCGUGGCGCUCGACCUGCGCCUGCGCGUGGCCAACCCCAAGCUGCAGACGCCCAGCGAGGCCGAGGCGCACAUCAACAUGGGGAUUGUGGAGCUGGAGCACACCGACGACGUGCACGGCGUGCUCGGCCAGACGUACCGCCCCGACCACGCUGCUCGCGCCGCCGACUUCCAGCGCCUGAUUGCCAACCUGCACCGUCCGAUCUCAGCCGACAGCCAGGAGGGCGCUGGGUUCCUUGACGGCACUCCCCGGCUAUACGAGUCGAGCUCCGUGCUGUCCGUGGACUGCGCGCAAACCGACGAAUCUCGCCGUCGAUUCCUCACCUGCUCUGCGCGCGCACGAAAAAGCGGCGCUGACGAAGUUUCCGCCGAACCCUCUGCUCCUUCCGCCGAUGCAAAAGCAGCUCCAGACGGGGAAAUUUUAGCGGAGAAUAAGGCAGCGGAGGAUACGGGGAAGAAGGCGGAAGAUGCGGGGAAGAAAGCGGAGGAUGCGAGCAAGAAGGCGCAGAAGCGGGGGAAGGAGCUGGAGAAGCGCUUGCGCCGGCUGCGGGAAGUGAUGGCGGAAGUGGAUGGGGGAAAGGGCGUCAACGCGUUUAUCAUUCCGUCCGAAGACCCGCACCAGAGCGAGUACAUGGCGCCGUGCUUCGAGCGCCGCGCGUUCAUCUCGGGUUUCACGGGCUCCGCGGGCACGGCGGUGGUCACGCGCGAGCGCGCGCUGCUGUGGACGGACGGGCGCUACUUCCUGCAGGCGGAGCAGCAGCUUCCGCCGGGCUGGGACCUCAUGCGCGCGGGCAUGCCCGGCGUGCCCUCUGUUGCGGACUGGCUGGCGGAAGCGCUCCCCGCGGGCAGCAGAGUGGGGGUGGACCCGUUUGUGCAUUCGGCUGACAACGUAAGAGGCCUGGCGGACACGCUGGCAGCGUCCUCAUCCGUGGUGGUGCCGCUGCUGCGCGAGAGCAACCCUGUUGACGUUGUUUGGGGCGCCGAGCGCCCUGCGCCCCCAUCAGCGCCCAUGAGGGUGCACCCGAUCGAGUUCGCGGGGCAGACGGUGAGGGCGAAGCUGCAGCAGCUGCGGGCGGAGAUGAGAGACGCCGGUGCCACGGCGCUGCUGGUGUCUGCUCUGGAUGAGGUGGCAUGGCUGCUCAACGUGGGGAGCGGACGUGCCGCACUGUGCAGUCACAGUGGCGUACGCGGUGGUGGGGGCGGAAGCAGCGCACCUCUUUGUGCCGAGCUGGUUUUUGAGAAUUCUCAGAAACACUGCCCCUCUCCCUCUCCCCCUCCAACCCACGCUCAACAGCGCGGGGCAGAUGUGCCGCACUGCCCAGUGACAGUGGCAUAUGCAGUGGUGGAGGCGGAAGCAGCACACCUCUUUGUGGACCCCAGCAAGGUGGCAGCUCCUGCUGUCGCAGAGCACCUGGCAGCAGCGGGCGUGUCUGUCAAGCCAUAUGGCGACCUCGUGCCCUUCCUCCAAAGGUACGUGCGUUUUCCGUCCACCUGCAGAGGGGGCACACCUCUUUGUGGAUCCCAGCAAGGUGGCAGCCCCUGCAGUGGGGGAGCAUCUGGCAGCAGCAGGCGUGUCUGUCAAGCCGUAUGGCGACCUCGUGCCCUUCCUCCAGCGGUACGUGCGUUCGCCUGCCUUACAUCUGCCAUGGAGGGGGCUCGCCUGUGGCUGGACUUUUCCUCUGCCUCCUCUGCAGUGCUCUGCUCUGUUGAAGCCGCCUGCGCUCCCUCCCUCUCCCACCUCUCCAUCCUUUUUCGUUUUCUCACUACCCACCUUCCAUCAGCCGCCUGCGCUCAGUUCUACGAGCAGAGAGCCUCAGGGAAGGGGGGAUUCGGGGGAAAGAAGGGGAAGAAGGGCGAGAAGGGGGAGAAGAAGAGCAAGGAGGGGAAGGGGGGGAAGGGGAGGGAGGAGCGAGGGGGAGCAGGCGGGGAGGAAGUGGAAGGGCCGGCAGUGCUCAGCCGAACCACUCCAAUCUCUCUGGCCAAGGCACUCAAGAACGAAUCUGAGAUCGAGGGGAUGAAGAACGCCCACAUCAGGGACGCGGUGGCAAUGGCACAUUUCUGGGAGUGGGCGGAGAGGGCGGUGGUGGAGGAGGGGAGGGCAGUGACAGAGGUGGAGCUGGGGGAGAGGCUAGAGGCGUUCCGCGCACAGCAGGAGGGGUUCCUUGACACCAGCUUUGAUACCAUCGCAGGUGCGUUGUCAGCUGGCUGUAUGGUGCUUGAUGAGAUUGGGUGCAGAGGAGUGGUGGUAGGCGCACAGCGGUGGCGGAGGAGGGGAAGGGAUGUGAUGGGGGUGGAGCUGGGGGAGAAGCUAGAGGCGUUCCGCGCACAGCAGGAGGGGUUCCUGGACACCAGCUUGGAUACCAUUGCAGGUUCGGGCAAGAACGGGGCGAUCAUUCACUACCGAGCCGAGGAGGACAACUGUGCGGUGGUGGAUCCUUCCAAGAUGCUUCUGCUGGACAGCGGAGCACAGUACAUGGAUGGCACAACAGACAUCACGCGCACUGUUCACUUUGGGACCCCUUCGGACUAUGAGAAGGAGUGCUACACACGCGUGCUGCAGGGCCACAUUUCGUUAGAUUGCGCGGUGUUCCCCCAGGGCACGCCCGGGUUCGCCCUGGACAUUCUCGCCCGAAGCCCGCUGUGGGGCAUGGGGCUGGACUACCGGCACGGCACAGGGCACGGCGUGGGCGCUGGUCUCAACGUGCACGAGGGGCCGCAGAGCAUCAGCCCUCGCUUUGGCAACCCGACUCCUCUGCAGGCCGGCAUGGUUGUUAGCAAUGAGCCGGGGUUCUACCACGACAACCAGUUCGGGAUUAGGAUUGAGAACCUUCUUGUGGUGAGGGAGCAGCAGACGCAGUUCCGAUUUGGUGGCACAACGUAUCUGGGAUUCGAGUGCCUCACGCUCUUUCCAAUCCAGACGAAGCUAGUGAGUGUGGAGCUGCUGAGCAACGCAGAGGUGAAGUGGAUUAACGACUAUCACCAGCGCGUGUGGGACACUGUCUCCCCUUUGCUAUCAGGGGCACCCCUGCAGUGGUUACAGCGCAACACUCAGCCCAUCUCGCGAAACCAGGCCCCACAGAAACCUGCAGCGGCUAGAGGGGCAAAAGCAGGAGCCAAAGGAGGAGCUAAGGCAGCAGCCAAGGCGGCUGCAGCCAGCUAA